CAUUAGCUCCCCCUGCAGGUGGACGAGGAGCAGCAGCGGCGCGCAUACGUAACCUGCAUGUGUUUGUGUGUGGGGUGGAGGAGAGGAGAGGAGAAACGAGACUCAAACUCUGAGAAAGCGCCACAUAGAAACACCAGCGCAGGAUCAGCAAGAUCUUCCUAUGAAGUCAAGCUGUGGCUGGUUGGGGGAAAGCAGUGCACUCAGCAGUCAUUUAGAUUUCUGCAUCACUUGAAGGCCACAGCAGCUGAUGAUGAAGCGAAGCCGUGUCCCAAGCACCAGUGAGGACUCGGAUAAUGGAAGUAACUCCACAUCCUGCUCUCAGCAUUCCAACUCAAAGCACAGGAAACAGAAUGGAAAAAGACCCUCAGAGGUGUUCAGGACAGACCUGAUCACUGCUAUGAAGCUGCAUGAUUCAUACCAGCUGAAUUCAGAGGAUUAUUAUGAGCUGGCAGAUCCCUGGCGGCAGGAGUGGGAGAAAGGGGUUCAAGUCCCUGUUAGUCCCAACUCCAUACCGCAGUGUAUAGUGCGCACUGUAGCUGAGAAAUCCCCAGCUCCUCUGUUCAUCAGGCCGAAGAAGCUGAUUCGCUCAUCUGAGUCAUCGAUGCUGGGAUACGUGGGUAUUCAGACGCUGGCUGAUGGCAUGUGUCGUUAUGACCUGAAUGAGGAGGACGUCGCUUGGCUGCAGAUUGCUAACGAGGAAUUCAGUAAGAUGGGCAUGCAACUCCUGGAUGAGCUGACAAUGGAGCGGGUCAUGGAGGAGUUUGAGCACCGUUGCUAUGACAACAUGAGCCACGCCAUGGAAACGGAGGAGGGGCUUGGCAUAGAGUACGAUGAAGACGUGGUGUGUGACGUCUGUCAGUCCCCUGACGGCGAGGAUGGCAAUGAAAUGGUGUUCUGUGACAAGUGCAACAUCUGUGUGCAUCAGGCGUGUUACGGUAUACUGAAGGUUCCCGAGGGCAGCUGGCUUUGUCGUACCUGCGCACUGGGCAUCUUUCCAAAAUGUCAUCUGUGUCCUAAAACAGGAGGGGCCAUGAAACCCACUCGCAGUGGCACCAAGUGGGUUCACGUCAGCUGUGCCCUCUGGAUACCAGAAGUAAGCAUUGGUAACCCUGAGAAGAUGGAGCCUAUCACUAAUGUGUCCCAUAUACCCAGCAACAGAUGGGCUCUAAUAUGCUGCCUGUGUAAAGAGAAAACAGGAGCUUGUAUUCAGUGUUCUGCCAAAAGUUGCCGUGUGGCAUUCCAUGUGACCUGCGGUCUGCAGUGUGGGUUGAAGAUGAACACAAUCCUCACAGAAGCAGAUGAAGUCAAGUUUAAGUCUUUUUGUCCCAAGCACUCAGGAAUGGACUGGAAUGAGGAAGAGGGAGAUGAUGACAGGCCAGUGAAGGUCCAGACCAGCGAAGAGAGAGGGAGAAAUAGAGGAGUGAACAUCUCAUCCUCUUCACAGCCCAGGCUAGCACAAAACCCAGAAGAAACCAGUCUCAGUGAGCGUAAACUUCGAGUUCAGCAGUUGGAGGACGAGUUCUAUCGCUUUGUCGCCGCUGAUGAAGUCGCAGAGCACCUGCAGUUGCCCCUGGAAACUGUGGACUUCCUGUUCCAAUACUGGAAAUUGAAAAGGAAGGUGAACUUUAACCAGCCACUCAUCAUGCCGAAGAAAGAGGAGGAAGAAAGCCUUGCCCGUCGGGAACAGGAAGUGCUUUUGCGACGACUCCGCCUCUUCACGCAUUUACGACAGGAUCUAGAGAGGGUGCGUAAUUUGACAUACAUGGUCAGUCGCCGGGAAAGAAUUAAACGAACCUUGUGCCGAGUUCAAGAGCAGAUCUUUCAUCACCACAUCCGGCUGCUCGAGCAGGGACGUGCCACUGGUAUAUCUUCUACUAGACGUUUGGAGGAGGCUAUGUUUUACUUUCGGACAGCACCUCCUGUACCUGCAUCCCCUCAGCCUUUGAAGGGUCACUGUGGCCACAACAGCGCCCUGGGCACCACUAUUCAAAAUCACGAGAAUGGGAGCAACACCUAUAGAGUCUCAAAGCAUAUCGAAGCAGACAAGCCUGCAAAGAUGCCCAGAUUGGAAAGCCUGGUCAUGGACAAUGUUCCCAGUACUGAGGUGGUUGAUUCAGGCUCUGCAGGUUGUAAGACGGCAGCUUCAGCUAUGGUGACACGUUCAGAGGGCAGACUGAGGGGCUGUGAAUCUCAUAGAAGAGAUGAGGAGAGCGAGCGCCCCCUGGAGGACAGGAGGAGGAGGAGCAAGCUGUUGGAACAGGUGUCUAUAAAAGACAAACUGAGACAGUCGAAGUCUAUGGAGGACGCGGUGAAGAAUGAGACUGAUCAUGACAACUUGGAUGACAGAUUACUGCUGUCUCACAGCAGAACCACUGCUAGUUCUGUAGUCACUGCUUCGACCACUUAUAAUGUAUCACCGAGGAAGACCAACUCAAGCCAUCAUCAAGAAAAAAUUGUGCCAAAUGGAACAACUAGGCGGAAUCUGAAAAACUGGGGCAGUUUCAGAAUUCCUAAACGGAGUGAAAGAACGUCAUCGGGGAAAGAUGGACAGGACAGAAAUGACAUGGACCAAAAUUCUUCCUUAAUUUUUAAUACAAGUCCCACCGCCACAACCUCCCCUCAAAUUAGGACCCGGCUGCGGACAGGAAGUGAGAACCGAAGCCAUCUGGAAGAGUCUGAUCUAGGCCAAUCAGAACAGGGUAAGAGGUGUCAUGCUCAAAGACUUCGAAGCCCGAUGACUAGACGUUACGGUUCAGAUGUGAUCCAACGUGGAGUUCUUGCAUCAUGAAGUGUCUAAAUAUAUUAUAUUUCUCAUUUUCAUUUGCUCUUCAAUGAAAGGUGAACAGGUGGAAUAUUUAUUUUUCUAUUCUGUAAUUUCUGCUGUUGCUGAAACAAUUUUUUUGAGUGUAUGUCAAAAACAUACGCAGAGAGGUGUCAAAGACCAAACGAUUGGCUGAUGACGAAGAAAAAAAGUCUUCUUAAUGAAUGAAACUUAAAAUCAGGUUAAAUUAACUGGCACAAUUUUUAGAUGAGUUAUUAGCAUUUAUAACAUAUGUUACCAGCGUGAAACAAAGCCAGUACAGCCCAACUGUCUUAAGUUCCACAGAAUUACUGCACUUAACUGUUUGAAAGAAUAUCAUAUCUGACCACAACUCUUACCAGUGUCCAGAAUUUGGUUUUAUUCACCCAAAAAUAAAAACUUGAUGUUUAUCUAUAUGUGAAUUUGUUUCUUCAGUAGAACACCAACAAACAUUUUUAACUCUGACUCUUUCAGUCUGUCAAUCAUAUAAUGGAUGUGAAUGGGAAUCAUGGCUUUGAGAGUCAAAAAAACACAAACAAAACGCUGCAGCUCUUGACGAUACAUGGAUGUGUAAAGACAAGAAAAAAAUUGGUCUGUGCAAAAAAACCAAAUGGUAUUUAUAUCGUUUUUACCUCUGAUUCACCGCAAUGUAUGAACUGUCCUGAUCUCAGACUUAUAAGUGCAUUACCACCACCUAUCUCUCGAAUGCACCAUUGACACUAUCUACAGUCUCAGUUGGGAGUGUCAGUGGUCCACCUGAGAGAUAGGUGGUGGUAAUGCACUUAUAAAUUCAGCGAUCCACCGUAAUGCAAGAAGACGUGUCACGCAGGCUGUUGAGAACCACUCGGGACAGUUCAGACAUUGUGCUGAAAAAGGUAAAAAAAUAUAUAUAAAUACUUUUCAGUUUCUUGCACAGACCAAUCGUUUAAUGUCUUUACACAUCAAUGUAUCGUCACAAGCUGCAGGGUUUAAUUUGGUUUUGUUUGUGUAUGUUUUUAUGACUCUCAAAGCUGUGAUUCCCAUUCACUUAGAUUAUAUGACUGACAGACUGCAACGGUUCGAGUUAAAUAUCUUUAUUUGUGUUUUACUGAAAAACAAAGUCACAUACAUCUUGGAUGCCCUGGGGGUAAGCAGAUAAAGAUCAAAUUUUCAUUUUUGGGUGAACUGUACCUUUAAGACUUUUAAAUUGAUUUCUCAGUAUUCUGCUAACUUAAAUGGCCAUCAUGUUGUGUGUAUGUGACUCGUGCCAUACUUAAGUUGUGGCACCUUUUCCUUCUCAGGUAAAAUCUUAUAUUUGUACGUAAUUUAUAGUAUUAUUUCUUGUUUUUCUUUCAAACAACCUUAGGGUGUAACAGGUUAAUGGCCUUAAAUGUACUCUCUUUGGUCUCGAAGUAAUUCCUUUCCAGAAAAAUACAAACAAAAAAAUGAUUAACUCUUCACUUAACCAUAAUCUUCAGCAAUAGAUGGACUCUGUAGAUGCAGACAGACAAAUCCACACUCAGUAUGAUGACAUUAUGACACAUAUAGUGAACGCCAUUCGCAGUUCUGUUCAGGAAGGCUUUUAACAAUCAUUUACUUCCAGUAUCCAUUACUUUGAAUUCAUGUUUGCACUUGAUAUUAAACAACACAAGACACUAUUAUAGUUCUGAUGAAGACACUGUUGCAAUGAAAGGACUGAUCUUCUUGACAUGGUUGCCUUGGAGUAGUACUCAGUGUGUUCUUGCAUUUUUCCUUUAUAGCUGUAAAUGUAUAUUCUCAUGCAAAAUGUGAGUUGAUCUCCUUAAGAAAAAGUGAAUCUUGUGCCUGAGUGUUUUCGUUGAGAUGUUGCACUAGAACAUUAGCCAGAAAGCUUGGUAUAACUGUUCACAGAAAUGUUUCUUUUUCUUUUAUUCUUACGCAAUACUUUAGUUUUGUUGCAGAUUGUGAAUAAAUUUUCUUGAGGUUA